GCCUAAAAUGUUUUCAUCAACCUUUAUUUGGCUUGUCUGCUUGGGAGGCGUAUUUGCAAUCGAUAUCUCCAUGAACAUUCAACUCGGAUCUAAGUCAGUCAGUGAUUCCUGUGACGAGCAAGCUACAAUUACGGCAUCAAGUGAGGAAGAGCUGAGAGACAAACUGACGAAAAAACUUGAAUCAGUUUUGAUGCAAAAUCCAGAUGCCGAAAUCACCAUCUCAACUCAGAUCAAUGUUAACGGCCAAAUUCACUCAACCAAAAUCACCAAUUCCGACAUAACUUCUACAACUGGUGGCGCCAUCGACAUCAGCACGGAAAAUGUAGCAACUACAGUUGCUUUGCUAACCACUGGUGACGUCAUUGCCCACACAAUGGGUGACGUAAUUACUGAAUUUGACACCAGAUCCGUGACCUCUAUAGCGCCAUCUACAUUUGAGUCUACGACACCAUUGAAAGAUCAGAGCACAGAGACCGAGAUGAUAACUGAAGAGCAAAAGGAAACUACUAGCGAUGUUGUGACAGAUUCGACCAUGGCGGAGGCAACAACCGAGGAUGCCACAACUGAACCAAAUAUCUGCGACAUUACUUACAGAUCGAAACGAUUUUACAUCGUGAUGAGAAGCAGCGUCUCGUUUGAAUAUGGGAAAUCUCUAUGUGGAGACAAACUGGCCAAUAUUUAUACCCUCGACCACUUCAAACAGUUGACAAAUUGUUUACGCUUAAAGAUUCCUAGUGAGCGGGCAUGGGUCAAAGUUUGGACUGGUCUCACCUAUAAGGAUGACACACUUCAGUUAUCAUCUGGUCAACGUAUAGAUCUAUCGAAAGAAGUGUGGCGACCUGGUUAUCCAGAGCGUUUGUCCAACUAUGUUUUGUCCACAAAUGUUGCGGUUAAGGUCAAAAAUGAUACAAUUUCGCACGAUCAAGGGAUUUACAAUUGUCUUCGCUGUAACAAAUUACACGGCGCCAUCUGUGAAAAAGAAAUGAACUGAACUUUGGAUUUAUCAAUCUCCAAACUUGUGCUCAUAAAUUGUAAAUAAUUGUCCAACUUUUCUGUUACUCUUUGGCAGUGGUUGACAGUCACAUACUCUGGUAUGCACUAAACUUGAUUUUACUUACUGUACUGUUUUUGUUGGUCGGCUGCGAACUAUAAUUAAAGCAAGUAUUCAAAGGAGAGCCUAAUUCAAACUUAUCUCAAUUGACGACCCUUGUAUUCAAAAAUUAAUCCUGGCACGACUUCAUUGGAAAUAAACUUUGUAUAAACACUGUAUUUACUUUAUUUAUUACCUGCAGUCAAAAAAUAUUACGAGUUUUUCGAAAUAAAUGUUUGAAUAUUAGUGAAUCGAUAAUUGUACUUUCAAAAAAUGCUCAUGUUUAAUUUUUGAUUUCAUUUCUCAACGUCACAUAUUCGAAGAACAUGUCAUUUUCAAAUCUGCA